UUGACGAUUUGCCAGCUGCCAUCGAAAGUGAGAAUAAAUUUCAAAAAAAUGAACACCAAACAUUCGAUGCGACAAUGUCCAUUUUCGCCUGGUACGAUCGGAUUAUCGGCUGACCACCAACAUUAUCAACAAGAAGAAUGGUUAUUCGAAACGAAUCGUUCACAUAUAUUGAAUUCCAAAUGUACAUCAUCGGUUGUGUGCAACAAGACACGUUCGAUGUUACAAUCGUCAGACGAUACAAGUACAAAACAAUCAUCGACAAUGGGUACGCCGCGCAAAUCGCUAGAUGAAUAUUUGAAUAGCAAACAUCGUAUCUAUUAUGAACGUGGUCUAUGUCAGUAUUGUAAAUAUGAUCUCAUCUUAUCGAUGGCUCAUUUGCCCGACAUGACAUAUGCAUCGAAUCAUCUUCGUUUGGUGCAUAAAAAAUCUCGAUUAAUAAUUGAAUUCAAUGCACUGGAUGCUCUUGCUCCGAUCGUGAUCAAAUCGUAUGGAUUGCCAAUCGGUCUAAAAGUUUCCGCAUCUGAAGCAUGGCUGCGUGCACGAAUGAAUUGUGAAUACACUCGAAAUGUUUGUAAUGCUGAUUUUGAUUGGACAUUUUCCACUGAUUAUUCGGGUACAUUUCGUCAGGAUUCAUUGGAUAAAUCGUCAUUACCAACUGAGGCAAAAGAACUGCGGCCAGAUCAGCCACCAUUAUCGGAAUUGAUACAACCAACCGAUGAACGUAUCAAUAUGGAAAAACUAAAAAUUCAUAAGCAAAUCAAUUUUUUCGAUGAAAUUGAACUGUUCGAAGAUGAAUUGGCCGAUCAUGGUGUUGCACAAUGUUCGGUCAAAAUUCGUGUCCAUCCAGAUUGUUUUUAUGUUCUGUGUCGAUAUUUUUUACGUGUGGAUCGUGUAUUUGUACGCUAUUUCGAUACUCGUAUAUAUCAUGAAUUUGGAUCAGAUUAUCUGCUUCGUGAACGAAGUCAACAUGAAUCGAAUAUUGCUGAUUUGAAUUUAUCCACCGAUAUGGCACAGGCAUUGUUGAUAAAUCCACAAGAAUUAUUUGGUCAUGUACCGAUCAAAAAUUCGGUGGUAGAUAAAAUUACUUUAUCACCUUCCAUCGUUUAAUCAAUUUUAAUGAUGAAUUUUUUUUAUUAAUGACAAAAAAAUGGGGAAAAUAAACAUAAUUUACUUUCUUUGAUUU